ACCCCACCGCCAAGGAUCAGCUGACGCCAUAAACACAACAUGCUUCCCUGCAGUGCAGCAAAUAUCUCUCGGUGUGUGUUUAGUCGCCGCUCUUCUAUCUACACCACAAGGCAAUGAACUCUUUUGAAACCUUGUCAUUCUCAACAUAAACACGUCUCCCAACAUUAGUACUAGUGCAGUCAUCGGGGAGGAUAAAGACGCUUCACGCAAACUGCAAUUACAAUCAAGAAGACGAACAGUGUGAUGAAGAACUGGACUUUUGUUCAUGAGUUUGAUAACGGUACAGAGUACUUGCCAGGAUUUAAUUUACUCGUGUUUGUAAGGUCCUAAAUGCUUAACGAUAUGGCAUACCAGACGGUAAAAACGUCCCGUGAAGAUUACUUGGGAAGGCUGAAACGUUUCAUACAGUCGUCAAGUGAUGUAGUCAAGAAAUUUUCCUUAGAGAUGGGCUGGAGAUCAUCACUCGACAGAGCCAUGUCACAGCCAGAAGAAUCAUCAUCAUUUAAUUGUACUCGGCGUCGCUGGUCAUCUGGAAAGGGUAUGAAUACACAAAUGCACAAUGAGUACAGUGCUGAGCCUUUCCUGCCUUCAGACUUUGUCUCCUCAGCAUCCAACAUUGUCACUAUUGAUGCAGACAAGCAAAGAAAUCUACUAAUGCCAUUCAGACAGACAGGUUAUGAAGACACUCGCCAGCCUCCAUCAUCUGCAGGGGAGCUGAUGGUCAAUUUCUCAAGAGAGGAGCGGUUGGCCAUGUAUGAAUAUUCUUUACAAAAUGCUUCAUCAGUGGCAGUACCACCAGAAAUUCUUCCACUGGAAACAUUAGCUCCUGUAGAUAAUCAACCAAAAGGACUGUCAGAGCUAGAGCUAAAACAGGCAUUGCGAGACUUCAAACGUCGCCGCCAAGCUUACAGAACAAAGGUCUCUACAAAGAACAAAAGUCAAACCCAGGUUACUCGAGAAAUUAUCCACAACAUGAUGGUUAUUCUUGGUGCAGAAGAAUUGGACACUGAAACUCCCAAAUAUUCUGUUGCCUCAGUAAAUUUGCUUGAACAUAAUUGUAGUCAGAAAAAUAUCGAAGUCAAAAACAAUUUUGCAGCAGAGUCAAAGUUUAUGCCCAGAGAUAAAAAUGAAACCAACAACAUUAGGUCUAGUGCAGAAAAAGAUACAAAAUCUAACAGGCCAAAUGAAUUAAAAUUUGGAUGGAGAGACCAUGAAAAUCAUAAGUGUAGAAGCAAAAGAUGGAAGCAUGAAAAACACUAUGAUAUACUAUGUAAUAGCCACCUAAAAAAUCACUUUACAUGUGAAAAGGAAUAUGAAAAAGAGAGCCAAAAAUGGAGUAAAAAUGAAAGAAGUAGGAAGCAUGAAGCAAUGUUUAACAAAGAUAAUUGUACAGACAAAAAAUAUCUACCAAGAGGUAAAAAAUAUAAAAUUGGAGUGGGAAAAUGUGAGAAAGCAUAUAAGGCAGUAGCAUGUAGAUACAAUGAUAAUGAAAAAAAUGAAAAAUAUAGUGAUAAACAUAGUUAUGAAAGAUUUGAGAAUGAAAUAAAUAUACAUAGUGCAGAACAUGAUGCAUCAGUCAAAGCAUUUGAUAAAUUACACGACUGUAAAUUUAAAAUCAGGAAGGAUAGGAGUUUCAAAAAGGAUACAACAAAAAUGAUAAAGAAUAGUUUGGGUGAAGAAUUUGAAGACAUUGUAAAGGUAGAAUAUAAUAAAGAUGGAAAAAUUUCAACUCUUGAAUCAAACAGCAAUUAUAGUCAGAAAGAUGAUAUAGCAAGGUCUUCAAAGCAACAUAAAGAUAAAAGACAUAAGAGAAAGAAAGAGAAAAGUAAACACACACACACAAAAAAAAGGAAACUUUCCCUGUCUGACAGCAAUGAGUGUAAUUAAGCGAUGAUCUUCAAAGAAUAUCAAAAUGAGUUUUUAUUUUUCAGACUAGCCUUAACAAUAUUUUCUAUACAAUUCUUAAACUUUUGAAGAUAUUUCCCACACAUACAGUACAUGGCAUGAGAGUACUGAUACUAUACAUCAGUAGUGUUUCAUGCCAAUUUUUAUACAUGUAGUGUAGGUGGCAGAAUUUAAUACAAAUUUAAUAUUCUUUCCCAACAAAAAAAUACAUGCAUCAGUAGUGCCAAUUUUUUUGUCUGCAUACUAGAUGGUUGUCAUUUUGUGGUUUAUAAAUCACUAUAGAACAAAAAAAAAUCAAUGUAUAGUAGAUAUUUAUAUUUACAUUGUUGUAAUAAGUAAUGAUUAAAAAAGUCUGAAAA